AUGAGCCCCGUGAGUCCUACCGGGCAAUGCCUCAACAGCUCUGUGCUAUCCAUGUCAAUUCUUGGUGUUUGGGAAUUUGAGAUUCCAAUCAAUGAGUCGAAGAUCUUGUCAUUCCUUCAGGAUGUCUUCCUCAAUAUCAGCCCUCGAUUCUCUUCCAUCAUGCGGGGUGGUGACAGUGGAAGUAUUUUCAGGCGGGUGUCUGAAACUUCUGCCUCUGUUUUUGACACUGUGAAAGAUUUUAGCUGGAACUCUUUGUUUCAAGAUGAUUGCACACCAAUAAGAUCUAGGAAUUAUGGAGUUGAGUUUCUGCCAAUGAUAGUAUCGAGCAUCACAUUAUCCCUUGAUGAAAUCAAACUUAUCAAGAACAAGCUCAACGCGCUUUUGCAUGGCGCGCGGUGGCAUGUAGGAGAUGUGAAUUAUCUGUUGGGCUGUCCAGCUGUAACUGGGCUUCCUUCUUGGAUUUUGACUCCUUUUGCAGAUUGGGUUCCCAAUUGGAAUGAGCCUUUGACUGUUCUUGGAGUUGGGUUCCCAGUAGGAAUAGGCUUGCGAUUCCUUCUUGACCUAGGAUGCCCAACGUGUGUAAAUGCAGGGCUUCUCUUCAUUCUUCUUCACAUCGAAAACUUAACUUCUCUACUUUCUAGCUUGAGAGAGAUCUUGGAGAAUUUGUACUGCUUGUCGAAGAGAGGAGUCGCCGUGCAUCCCAAAUGGGUGGCAGCUGUGGUAGGGCAUGUCUGCGCAGAUGGACCAGCUGCUGCCUAUCAUCACAGGCCUGGGCUGCAGCAUGUUGGGCCUCGUGCGUUGCAGGCCUCGUCAACUAAGAGUGUUCUGCCGGACUACCCUUCAAAAAGGAAGGUUGACGUCAAGUCUUUAAGAAAUGAAGCUGCGAAUUCGCUGGCGAAAGAUGCGUCCCCGUUGAGGAAGAAGCCAAGGAUCCCUUAUGCUGAGAAGACUAAAGUGAGAGCUGUUUCAUCAUCAUCUACAAGGGUUAAAGAUCUUGUUUGUGUAGAUAGUAGGAAGGUUGGUGGUAUGCGCGGUGUUUGCUGUGUUUUGCCCGAGCCUUCUACUGACAAGCUUGAAAACCAUGAUAUACUUCGCGAGGCAGCUCGUGCCCGAUCUAGUUAUGUCGAGCGUCAAAGAGAUGCAGACAUUCCUCCUCGAAGUUCGAGUCGUCUGCCUCGGUCAAAAGAUGGACAUCGAAGCAGGAGGUCUGCUCAUGAUCUAGCUGUUGAGUCACGGGCAAUCAAGCGUGGAGUUGAUUCAGUAUCAUUGACUCCUUUGGAAGUGAGGUUGGCGGAGGACAAGAAGAUGAGAGCGUCAUCUGCCCAGGCGAAGGGAUCUUCAGUGUCGGCGGUUGAUCCCAAGGUAAACAAGUCCAGCCCUGCAGGGGAUGCAUGCGUGUCUGACCUGCUCAAGACAGACUUUCUAUCAAACCCGUCCUCUUGUGCUGAGUUGGUCGAUCACAUCUUUUUUGUUGCUGAAACUAUUCGAAACUCAUAUGCGGUUGCCCCCUCUUCUGCUGCUGACUUGGUUAGUCGAAAAGAUGCCUACUUUUGUCUUGAGCGCAAGAAUGCUGACGUCUCCUUUAGUUGUGACAAACUUCUGGCUAGAUUUCACGCAUACCACAAGUCCGCAGAAAAAUCCAAGUCUGAAGCCAUCAUAGAUGCGUACAAGUUGGGCUACCUGCACUGCGCAGAUAGGACUACUCCUUUGUAUGCAAUUGAUGACGUAAACAUCGAGACGCUCUGCCCCGACUCACCCCCUGUGGAAGGAGGAGCUGAAGAGCAGGCAGCCAGAGAGGAUGAAGCAGAGGAGGACGCAGUAGAUGAGAUGAUGGCAGAUGUCGCAGAGCAGGCAGAUGGAGCCAUUGAAGGCCUGGAUGAUCAGGCGGAGGCCGAAGAGGCUGCAGCUCAGAGAUCUCCUACUGGCGUCCCAGAGUAG